ACAUGCUGUUGGGCACAGGGAAUUUUGCCGAUGCUCAGGGGCAGGCUGGCUUUGCUCCCCUUGUGCUUGACCAGUGCCACACGCUUGGCGUGGCAGCGAUAAUUCGGACCCUGGAGAUGGCUGCUCCACGGAAGCCGUUCCCAACCAUUCUCCAGGGGGUUGAUGAGCCGUUCAUGAAAUUUGCAGCGCGGCUGACCGCAUCUGUGGAGAGGCAGGUGCCUGAUGCUAUAACAAGGGAGAUUGUCAUUAGAACCAUGUUGAAAGUUAACAGCAAUGACGCUUGUAAGAGGGUCAUAGCGGCUCUGUCUGCAGAUCCUACUGUUCCAGAGAUGGUAGAGGCCUGUUCGGGUCUCGACCUUUUGGGUCAAAAGAUGGCUGGCAUGGCUACUGCUGUGCAGCCGGUGUGGACGGUGCCGCAGGCCAAGCGGCCACAACAGGGGUAUGCGCGGACCGGCAAGAAGCGGGGAAAGAAAGCGCAAAAGGCCAAAUAUCCCAUGUUUUUGUGUGGUCGGUGUGGACGGCCAAAUCACAUGUCCAAUGCCUGCAAGGCGACUGCUCAUGUCACUGGCCAGGCUUUGCCAGGUUCGGGAAACGGGAAGCGGAGCGCACAGGGGAGAUGCGCUCCGACACAAGCUUCUCUCCAGACCUCGGAGCCGAUGGAGGUUUGCUUUGCCGGCUUGCCGCCAGCACCCGUGGAUCAGCAGGUGUGGAUGUCUGCACCGCAGGAACAGUUGUUUUAGAAUCUUGUCGGAUACACAAGGUUCCCCUGGAUGCCUUUGGUCCCUUGGGUGGGGGCAUGAGUGCUCUCCUGAUGGGGAGGU